AUGCGCGUCCUCUGCUUGGCACUCGUGUCGGCUGCUGCUCUAGCCGCCAGUGCCCAUGGACUUCAGGCCGAGUCCGACGUGGCUUUGUCGCUGGAGACAGCUGCCGAGAAUCGGCUGCAGCUCUUUGGCGAAGGCAAGACCGAGCGAUUCCUGAAAAGCGAGGAGCAAGAGCUGCCGCUUGCGGUAACCUCGGCUGACUACGCGGCUCUACUGGGGCAGGAAGAUGGCGUGGGCAGACGCUUGCGCAGCGCGGACAACGACUUCGAGUCUUUCGACGAAGAGAGGAAGAGCAAGAAGUGGAAGAGCAAGAAGAGGAAGGGCAAGAAGAAGAAGAAAGGCCUUUUUGGCCGAGUUGCCAAAAAGGCUCGUGGUAUUUUCAAGCGCCGCAAAUAA